GUGUUAUGAAUCCCUCCCCCAUCCUGGGUACCAGUUGGGCGCUUUCGGGUGCUGGCGGUUGAAGAGAUGGAGCAGCUUCCUCGGGAACACCCGACCCCUUAAAACGCUGCUGACUAGAGCUGCCUUCCUCCCUGCAGCUUCAGCAGGGAUGGAGUGAAAGGGGACACCUCGACCUGUCCGUGGGGAUCAGCAAUGGAGUUAAAGCAAUCUCUGUCUGUCCAUCUGGAAGCCGAGAAGCCUCUGAGGCGCUAUGGGGCGGUGGAGGAGACAGCAUGGAAAGCUGAGGGACUGGGAAGUCAGCUGGACAUCAUCUCUAUGGCUGAGACCAGCAUGAUGCCAGAGGAGAUCGAGCUGGAGAUGGCGAAAAUCCAGCGUCUCCGUGAAGUCCUGGUCCGUCGAGAGUCAGAACUCAGGUUCAUGAUGGAUGACAUUCAGCUCUGCAAAGACAUCAUGGACCUGAAGCAGGAGCUGCAGAACUUGGUCGCCAUCCCAGAAAAAGAAAAAACCAAGCUGCAGAAGCAGAGAGAAGAUGAGUUAAUCCAGAAGAUCCACAGAUUGGUGCAGAAGAGAGACUUCCUGGUGGAUGAUGCCGAGGUGGAACGGUUAAGGGAACAGGAAGAAGACAAGGAAAUGGCCGAUUUCUUGAGGAUCAAGUUAAAACCUCUAGACAAAGUAACCAAAUCUUCAGCCAGUGAGUGCCUGCAUGAGAGAAGAUUUCAAACAAGCGAGGGCUCCCGGGCAGAGAAGAAGGCAGAUCCCCCACCUAGCAAGCCAACUGUGGCCAAGACAGGCCUGGCACUCAUCAAGGAUUGCUGUGGGGCCACCCAGUGCAACAUCAUGUAGCCCCUGUGUGGGGUGCCCCAGAACCAUGGGGACCAUCCCUCCUACCCUCUUGUCCUCAUAGCCCCCAUUUUACAGGGGUCUAAGAGAUUUCCAAGGCAGAAGGGGUUGAAGGCAAGCCCAUGACUGCUAUCACGGGCCAUGGGCAUGGCAGGUGGGCCCAGCCACUGCUGUGCAGAGUGUAGCAAUAGAGAGCCCCUCACUGUCGCAUGGCCCUCCCCAGAGCAUGCCCAACCCAGGAGUCUGUCUCAUUGUUUAUCUAACUACCAAGAGAGCCCCUCCCUUAAAACAGUAUGCCCUCACUAACCUACCAUGUGAAUGAACCGGGAAAGGGGCAUGACCCCCAGGUGUGUAUAGCUGUGAGUUUCAAUAAUCUAGCACCAUGUUGGACCCAAUCCCCAUCCACCCUCCCAGCUUUGCUGUCAGAUACAAGUCCUGUUCCCUGUUUGUCCUCUCCCAGGGACUGGAGCCUGGAGGCUCCCACACAGCCCACACUUCUCUUAGGCUCCAUUAUAAUCACUUUCCUAGAGAUACUGGCCUGUCCGUGAAGGCUGAGCUUGUGUGUGGUGUUGUUAGAUUUAUGCCUCCUGCUCCCUCCCAUCCUGUAUCUGGGCACAGUUCACAUCAGGUGUGUAUCUGCCAGGUGUGUAUCUUUCUCGAUUUGCCAUGUCUAGCCCACAGUGGAGCAGGGAAGGGAUGGGUGGACAAGAACAGAUCCAGCACUUGGACCAGGUUGUGGAGAGCUACAGGUGCCAAUGUCAAAGCCAAGUGGAUGAGAAAGGGAUGCAGAACAGAUGCCGAGCCACAUUCUCUUCUCCCACUGAGGGCUGCUGCAGACAAUACCAGUGAGAGGUCACCCUGCUGGCCCAGCACACAUCUCUGUAAAGAACAACUGAGAGGCAAGAGAGGAAGCCUGACCUAACCAUGUCCCAUCUGUCUGGUGGUGUGUUUGAACCAGCCCCACAACUUCUCCUGUGUAACUUGAUGUACAUUUGCCAUGGCCAGCCUGGCACAGCCCGUGUGACCUCUCUGUGCAUAUAUGUGUGUUGUGAUUGGCCUAAGUAGUCAGCACCAGUCAAGAUUUGCUGAUGUGCAAACUAUCCAUCAGAGAAAAUAAAAAUGAAAAACACACACACA